AUGCCUACUGCAUUCAAAGAUGCACUCUCUACUUCUCUUCAUAGUGCUGCGAUUAAUGCCACACCAAGGAGUAGCCCCUUCUUCAAUGAUGAGAACAACAUCAGGCCUGAAUACAAACCCCACAAGGCCUUUGACUCUGACUCAGUUCCAGUGGUUAAGGGUGUUCCCGCAGUUCAACCCACCACCAACAACCCUCAAGUUGUAGAAAAGAAGAAUAUUUUGGUUGAGACGGAUCAAUUGGAUUAUAUUCUGGAUAGUUUUCAUCAGUUUGUAGCUGGAAAUCCUGAGAUAACACCUUCAGCCCAACAUAUAUGCCAAGAGGUCCUUCAUUUUAUCACGAAACCAGAUCGUCAGCAUGAGUGUGAGGAGUUUUGUGGGAUUUGGCAGGUCAAGUAUGAAGAACUAGUGCAUUUCAUCAACGAGUCUUGCAAUUUCGGUUUGAAACCAAGAUUGACGUACUUCGAUGAUGACAGCACAUUGAUUGUAGAAAUGCCCUCGGCCAUUCAUGAAGCUCCCCUUGUUGCUUUACACACAGUGCUCACAUGCUUUCUUGAGAACAUUCCAUUCAACUGUCAGGCGCUCAAUGCAAACAUUUUGAGCAACAUUGAAGCAUCAGAUUCACUCGUUCCUGACAUGCGAAUAUCAUUUCAAAACAUGCGGGAUGCCGGCUCUGAGGUUAUCAUCCCUGGCCUGGCAGAAACUGCAUUUUCACAGCACGGCGACGCUUUGAUCAAUAAGUUAGAAGGCGCCAUUAUCGAAAACCCCUCCUUAUUGCUCGUGAUCGCUGCUGUCAUGUUCAAGAACACUCCCUAUCAUUUGCCAAAGAGGGGCUCAGAUACGGGACGUCUACUACUACAGGACCCAUCGAAACGAUCAGCAAAAGGCUUCAUUUCAAAGACAGUAUCGUCAGUGUGGUUCAAGGUGUGGGUGUGCAGGGAUGAUCCCAUAGACAUAUACUCAGAUGAUCCAAAUCUAGUUGUGGAUGGGUUUCUGUACCCUGAAGAUACUAUGGCCCCGGUGCUAACGAUGAUGGGGAAAGGAGUGAAUGCAAUCAGGGAGAGAUUGAUCUCAUUAUGUAAGGAAAUUGACGAUGACGUCGAUGUCGACGCCCUGUGGGACCCUACUAUCGUUUUCCGCGUCAGGAAGGAAGACAUUAUCACGAAAAUUGCUGGCGCUAUGCAUGAGACCACAUACUGCCACUACUCAGUGUGGUACAAGAAGGCAUUGAAGGCUGCAAAGUGCACAGCUAGUAUCACGCAGUUGGGCCCGUCCAGGAUGCGCAAAUUGGUCAUUACUUGA